ACGAAGUUUUCAUUACUACUGUGAAUAUUUUCGUUCUGACGUCGUAUUUUGUUUGACAUUUUACAUUGGUUUUUAAAUCAGAACUAUUAAAUAUAGACUGAAAAAUUAUUGUUGUUUCUAAUAAACGGCAAUAUUUGAUCACGAUAAUUAAAUACUUAGUAAAGAAUAUUAUACUCACGCAAUAGUAGUUAUGGAAAAAACUGAAAGAGCAACAACCCCGCAACCUGCUCCAGAUCAGCAGACUCCUGGUGAUGCUUCUUCUACUGCAACAAAUCAGCAGUCAGCUGCGCAACCUCAAUGUAAAAGACCGCGUCCGGAUUUGAGUUCACUGCCCACUCGUCAAUAUUUAGAUCAAACUGUAGCGCCGAUAUUAUUACACGGAUUACAGACGUUAGCGCGAGAACGACCUGCAGAUCCUAUCAGUUUUUUGGCGGCAUAUCUACUGAAAAACAAAAAUCGCUGCGAGGAAUCUAUACCAGAAAAUAUUUAAAACUUAUAAAAUACAAAAGAAUAUCACAACUAUGUACCCAAUGAAUUAAGAUGCACCUACUUGAAAGGCUAUAAAAUUGUAGUAUUUAAGGUGUAACUACUAGCUGGAUUAUCUCAAUAAUUUUCAAGCUUAUUGAACUGAACUCUCUCUCUUGACGAUUGUAUUUCAUAUAUUUUAUAAAAUGUCUAAUCUAGCUUUGCCUAAAAAUAUUUAUGUUUAAAUAUACAAUAAAAAAAACGUAUGUAUGUAGCAUCUCAGUCAUCUAA